AUGUCAUUCAAGGAUCUUGGUUAUGGUUAUGCCAAAGAUAGUUGGAAUGUCGUUUAUGCUGGAAAAAAAGUUGAGGAUGCAUCGACCAUAUCAUUCCAAGUACUGCAAGACGGUUAUGCAAAAGAUUCAUGGACCGUUUAUUACAUGGGACAAAAACUGAAUGAUGCAUCGGCAAUGAGUUUUAAGUCGUUGGGAAAUGGAUACGGGAAAGAUGCUUGGCACGUCUUCUACUGGGGACAACAAGCCAGCUGA